UUUUUUUUUUUUUUUUUUCUCUUCAUCUACUUAGGAGCCGACCAUAAAAAUAGGGUCUCUCUCUUCUUUCUGAAGAAAAGACCCCCCACUUCCCUCCUCCCUCUCUCUCUCUCUUCUUUUUCUCUUUCUAUCUCCUUCCCUCUUUCUCCACCUCGCCUUUUCUCUCUCUUUUUUUCUUUUCAAAUUUUAAAUUAAUCCAAGUUUCAUUUCAGGACGUUAGAUUUUUCUGCAGCAUACACAGGCGGGCAUAAUGGCUAGGGUUCUGGUUCAGUCAACUAAUGUCCCUGGCUUAGUUUCUGGGUUAAGGCGUGGCCAACCUAAAGGAUCUGGAAAAGCUAGAGGAACAGUCAAAAUGAUGUACAGCUUACAAGUACCUGGAAUGAGAAUGAGAGGCUUUUCAGGAUUACGAGGAUAUAAUGCUUUGGAUACUAUGGCAAGGCCUGGCCAGGAUUUCCAUUCUAAAGUUGCAAUUGCAAUCUCUUCAAGGCGGCGCCAGAGGGCUAGCAGAGCUGUACCUAAAGCCAUGUUUGAACGCUUUACAGAAAAAGCAAUUAAAGUAAUUAUGCUUGCACAAGAAGAAGCAAGGAGACUUGGUCACAAUUUCGUUGGCACAGAGCAGAUACUGUUAGGUCUUAUUGGUGAGGGUACUGGAAUUGCUGCCAAGGUCCUUAAAGCCAUGGGAAUAAAUCUUAAAGAAGCGCGUGUUGAAGUGGAGAAGAUAAUUGGAAGGGGUAGUGGAUUUGUUGCUGUAGAGAUUCCAUUUACUCCCCGUGCAAAGCGUGUUUUGGAGCUCUCACUUGAGGAAGCCCGCCAACUUGGGCAUAACUACAUUGGGUCUGAGCACUUGCUACUGGGCCUGCUUCGUGAGGGUGAAGGUGUAGCAGCUCGUGUUCUUGAAAAUUUAGGUGCUGACCCGAGUAACAUUCGCACACAGGUAAAACAAGGCAACCAUUUACAUUUUCUGUCACAUUUCCUUUAUUAUUGUGGAAAAUUCACUUUUCAUUUGGGUGGGCAGGUGAUUCGAAUGGUGGGUGAGAGCACAGAAGCUGUGGGUGCUGGUGUUGGAGGAGGAAGCAGUGGAAAUAAGAUGCCAACUCUAGAGGAGUAUGGAACUAAUUUGACUAAGCUAGCUGAAGAGGGUAAGCUGGAUCCUGUUGUCGGAAGGCAGCAGCAAAUAGAACGUGUUGUUCAAAUCUUGGGUCGACGUACUAAAAAUAAUCCCUGUCUUAUUGGAGAACCUGGUGUUGGGAAAACAGCAAUAGCUGAAGGUCUUGCCCAACGUAUUGCAAGUGGUGAUGUUCCUGAAACAAUAGAGGGGAAGAAGGUUAUAACUCUGGAUAUGGGUCUUCUUGUUGCUGGCACAAAGUAUCGUGGAGAGUUUGAGGAAAGACUAAAGAAGCUAAUGGAGGAAAUCAAACAAAGUGAUGAAAUUAUUCUCUUCAUCGAUGAGGUACACACCUUGAUUGGAGCAGGAGCAGCAGAAGGGGCAAUUGACGCUGCAAACAUAUUAAAACCUGCUCUUGCCAGAGGUGAACUGCAGUGUAUUGGAGCCACAACACUAGAUGAAUACAGAAAGCAUAUUGAAAAGGACCCAGCCUUAGAAAGACGGUUUCAACCUGUAAAAGUGCCUGAACCAACUGUCGAUGAAACAAUAUUGAUUCUGAAAGGGCUUCGAGAGCGGUAUGAGCUUCACCACAAGCUCCGCUACACUGAUGAAGCGUUGGUAUCUGCUGCACAGUUGUCAUAUCAAUACAUCAGUGACCGCUUUCUGCCUGAUAAGGCAAUUGACCUGAUUGAUGAAGCUGGUUCCCGAGUUCGGCUUCGCCAUGCACAGCUUCCUGAGGAAGCACGAGAGCUCGAGAAAGAACUGAGGCAGAUUACUAAAGAGAAGAAUGAAGCUGUUCGCAGUCAAGACUUUGAAAAGGCUGGGGAAUUACGUGAUAGAGAAAUGGACCUGAAGGCACAGAUCUCAGCUGUUGUGGACAAGGGCAAGGAGAUGACCCAGGCAGAAAGUGAGGCGGGGGAUGUUGGUCCUACUGUGACUGAGGUGGAUAUCCAACAUAUUGUCUCGGCUUGGACUGGCAUUCCUGUUGAAAAAGUGUCAACUGAUGAAUCUGACCGCCUCCUCAAGAUGGAAGAGACCCUCCAUAAGCGGGUCAUUGGGCAGGAUGAAGCAGUGAAAGCUAUUAGCCGUGCUAUUCGACGAGCUCGUGUUGGACUGAAAAAUCCCAAUCGUCCAAUUGCCAGCUUUAUCUUUUCUGGUCCAACUGGCGUCGGAAAGUCUGAGCUUGCAAAAGCUUUGGCUGCUUACUACUUUGGUUCUGAAGAUGCCAUGAUUCGGCUAGAUAUGAGUGAGUUCAUGGAAAGACAUACUGUUUCCAAGCUUAUUGGUUCACCCCCUGGUUAUGUUGGCUACACUGAGGGUGGUCAGCUUACUGAAGCAGUUCGACGCCGUCCAUAUACUGUGGUACUGUUUGAUGAGAUUGAGAAGGCCCAUCCUGAUGUCUUCAACAUGAUGCUUCAAAUUCUAGAAGAUGGAAGGUUAACUGACAGCAAGGGCAGGACUGUGGACUUCAAGAAUACACUCCUGAUAAUGACAUCAAAUGUUGGAAGCAGUGUAAUUGAGAAAGGAGGCCGCAGAAUUGGAUUCGAUCUUGAUUAUGAUGACAAGGACAGCAGCUACAAUCGGAUUAAGAGCUUGGUGACAGAGGAACUGAAACAGUACUUCAGGCCUGAAUUUUUGAAUAGGUUGGAUGAGAUGAUUGUCUUCCGACAGCUCACAAAGCUGGAGGUGAAGGAGAUCGCAGAUAUAAUGUUGAAGGAGGUAUUUGACAGGCUGAAGGGCAAAGAGAUAGAACUCCAAGUGACAGAGAGGUUUAGAGAUAGAGUGGUUGAAGAAGGGUAUAACCCUAGCUAUGGAGCCAGGCCCCUAAGAAGAGCCAUUAUGAGACUUUUGGAAGAUAGCAUGGCUGAGAAAAUGCUUGCGAGAGAGAUCAAAGAGGGUGAUUCGGUAAUUGUAGAUGUGGAUUCUGAUGGCAAUGUGACGGUUCUCAAUGGCAGCAGUGGAUCGCCUGAAUCAUUACCUGAGGCAAUCCCUGUGUAGAACAAACCUCAAUGCCAUGUUUACCUCUUUUGAUUGACCUUUACUAAAAUGUUGUACUUUUCCUUAAAUUUAGAACUUUGUCAUAGUCGUAGUAGUCUAUUUUUCUUUAAAAGGACUACUUGAUAGUGGAAUUGGAAGACAGAUUAUAUAAUGGUUGAAGUUGGAAAUUAUUAGGUUUAGUUGCCCUUGUUCAAAUUUAAUGGAUGGUGGGUAAAUUCAUUUUCUA